CUGGCAAUAGCGCUGGCCACCCGCUAUACGCGAAUAGCGGGCCAUGAUGUCAAAACGAAAACACCGAGAGGCGUCACCCUCGAUUUUACUUCCAAGCACCCUCAGCCGUGCCCAUCGUUCACCAAUCGACACGUCCGGCUACAUCCCGCAGAGGGCGGGGCAGCGGUUUCAUCGCCAAGGAGAGGCGAAUACGCAGCGAGACCAGCCCAAUCAAUCGCCGUAUGCCGUCCAGCCUGUCCACAAUGGCCAAUCGCUGGUCAUUCGGACACACGAUGUCCAGUCCAUGGCCCGAGAACGAGACAUGAUAUCCCAGACGACUGCCUCUCCCAUGGCUCGGCUUUAUCCCUUAUCGAGAAUCCCGUCGCCAUUGUCAUCCCCGCAUAUCGCCAGUCCCAUGCCGCUGCUCUCCCCGCCAAGACGCACGGCUCCCGCGCAAAUCCUCAGCGAUGUUACGCAGUUUCAACAAACAUGGACCGACAGGUUUCAAAGGAGGGACGAUAGGCUGUUCAAUUCUUUUGACUGGGAUGGGCCAGUCUUGACAAUUCGAGGCCAGCCGCUCGUUAAUCGGCAACAACACAUGAUAUCGGUUAACAACAAUGUCUCGAGCAUGGGUACACAAGAGUCUAGCGACAUGCAGCUUCUUGCAGACUCAUGGAUCGAUAACAUCAGCGAGUUUUCCCAGCAAACCUCGACGAUAUCGGGGCAGCUCACCGAGAGCGAUCAGCAUAACACACAUGACUACUUGGACAAUGGAUUGUACCCCCCUCAAGAUGGCGAUGGCAGAAAUAUUGCAAGCCAGGCCCCAAGCCCCCAAGAGCAUCAACAUUCCUCUGGCCAUGUUGAAGACCCAUUGUUCGAUGUGAGACUCGGCCUAGAGCAAAUGGUUGCAAGUCUUGACGCACUCUACCAGCGACCAAACAUGGGGCGGGACAUCAGUGGCUACGGGCGUGGUAUACUUGGUGCUGCAGAAGGAAACCCGCAGACGCCUCAGGACUAUGAUGCAAAUGCUGAUACAAUGCAAGGGCACUUCCCUGUACUGCACGAUAAAUCGUCAUUCAUAUGCCCCUAUGCAAUGAGGUACCCCGAUCUUGUACAUCAUAACUGUUUUCAGAAGAUCAACACAAUCCCGUACCUGAAACAGCAUCUGAGAAGCGUACACCACGAUGCAAUGAACUGUCCUCAUCAAUGUCAAAAGAAAAGAGCAGAGGCACCACAUCGACGGAGCCGGGCGAAUAACGCGCUCCAUUACGAUUCGGGCACAUGUCUUCAGAUCAAACAGCGUAGCGACCGAUCAAGAUCACACAUACAGCAAUGGGAUCGCAUCUAUCAGAUCCUAUUUCCCCACGCGAACCGCAUCUCGGACCCCUGCAUCAAGGACUGGACUAUCAAGCAGUUGAGGGCUAUUUACAGGUUCAAAGAAAAACACGGACCCGAGUGCCUGGCCCCCGUCUAUUACCGGCUGCAUUUCAAAAUCAGGCAAGCCUAUCCAGAGCCAGAAGUCUUGUACCGGAUGGCAUUCUGUACCUGGCUGCCAAAGGUGUUUGAACAGCGAUUUCCAACACGAGGGCAAGAACUGCUAGGUGAUUUCCUAAAGCAAAUCAACUCUGCGCAGCGUCGCAAUUCCCACACUCUCGAUACCACCCCCAUAUUUCUAAAUGGGGAGACGUCGGCAUCAGUCUUACCCAGAGUCCAAAUAGAGCGACAAGACUCUCCCCAUGCAUCAAUACCGCCACCCAUUGAGAUUGGCUCUGAUCGAACAAACUAUUCCGCCAUAUUUACGCCCUAUGCCAUACAGCAACAACAGAGCCCCAUCCCAUCUCGGGCAGACGAUACCUUUUUCGAGUCUCAGCAUGACUACUCCCAACUCUCCGUGCCUCAUUAUCUCUCUGCCCUUCAGUCCCCAACGGAUAUGAGUUAUCUUGAGUCGACACCAGAGAUCCAGGACCUUGAAUACGACUCUUUUGACUCCAAACACUUUUUGUUCGAUCAGUGCGCCCCCUUGCCUGGCAGUCCUUCCCAGUUCUUGGCAGAAGUCGCCAUGGAUGUGGAAGACAUUAGCAUUUCUGAAGCGAAUAGAGUGCUCAAGUAUCAUUUUGGCGCAUCAAGUUCUAGCGGUUUGCUCUGAAAACCUGUUUUUACCACGUUAUCAUUAUUAUUUCCAUUUUCCGUUACCUUUUCUCCUUUUUUUUUUCUCGGAUUAAUUUUUACCCAAGUCCCUGCCCUCUCCCAUAUUUUUCUUUUUUUCACAUCAUUUUAUUUAUUGUCUGGGAUAUUAUCAUAUAUUGUUUGGGAUUGAUAUACUGCAGAUGCUGUACCAAUGUGGUUCUAUCACCAACGUCGUGUGGAUGGAGAUUGACAGAGGCCUCGCUUCGAUCUAUUUAUUUAUUUUUAUCUUUCUUCUUCACUAUUUUACUAUUUCUUAUAUCAAUUGGGCGGUGUUUUGACCGAACAACCUUAAACGGCGGCGGCGUAUGUUCGGUCUUCGGCAUGGAUGGCAUUAUAAAAAAAAAAUGGAAAAUACGAGCUACGAAUUCUAGGAAUGAAAUCAUUAGCUUUUGUUUAUAUCAGCUCUCUUUGCUUGUCGGGGCGGAGACCUUUUGUUUUUGGAUGGAUACCCUUGCAUAUUGGCCGGCCGAUAGAUUUGGGAACAACGAGAUUAUGGAUGGGAUGGGACACAGACAGAAAUGAGCUUACAACAGAGACCACGAAGGUUUAGGCAAUUGAAUGAUUCAUAAAGUGGUGCAUUAGAUCACAAAAACGCAAAAUCACAACGUUGAUUAAGUCGUUGGACUUUUAACACGGGCAAUAUUAUCUAAAAGUUCAACUUGUCGCUUCUAAUCCUUCUUACCUCUCCUCCUAUCUUCUCGUUCAUCAGUCCCAAGAACAUAAUCCAAAAGCCCGAUACCCCCAAAGUACACGUCAAACCUCUCAUGAUGCCGGUCAUGCUUCUUGGCCGCUCCCCCAAAGAAAUCAUACCCGCUAUGCACCGUCGAAGUCUCGAUGAGCUGAAAGGCCACAAACACCCACAUGGUGAGAAUAUGCGACUUUAGCAGCAGCGGCGGCAGCAAAAUGGGCAGCACGUUGGCCGAGAUGUGCUCCACCGGGUGGGCAUACUGCGACGAAAACGCGACGGGGGCCGUGAACUUGUGGUGCUGCUUGUGAAAGCGUCUAUACAGCGGGCGCAGAUGGAGGAUCCGGUGGGAGCUGUAGAAGAGGGCCUCGCGGGACAGCACGCUGAAGAAGAGGUCUCGUACGAAUUCUUCUAGCGAGGGGAGUUUUGCGUCGACUCUGAUGCUGGGGGGCAGGCCCUUUGCGAAAGUUGCGUAGAGGAGGGCGCCGUGGAGGGCGAAGACGAUGGCCUGGUUGCGGAUGCAGAUGACCAUGGAGUGCAAGAUUUCGCUUGACGUGGGCUGCUUGGGCGCGGGCUGGAUUUUGUGUUUUGAGGAAAAGGACGGUGCGAUGGAGUCGAGGAGGACGAAGAGGAUGCAUGGAAUCCACCAGAAGAUGACUUGGAUG